AUGCGCAUCGAGCAGGUCAAUUCUACUCCUCGCGAGAAGCGUGUUGCUGCCCAUUCCCACAUUAAAGGCCUUGGUUUACGCGAUGACGGUUCUGCUGAACCGAUCAUGGCAGGUUUUGUUGGACAAGAAAAUGCCCGCGAGGCAAGUGGUGUUGUCGUCGAGUUGAUCAAAUCCAAAAAGAUGGCCGGUCGUGCUCUCUUGUUCACCGGAGCUCCCGGUACAGGAAAGACUGCCAUUGCACUUGCCAUCUCCCAGGAAUUGGGUCCCAAGGUUCCUUUUAGACCCAUCGUCGGUUCCGAAGUAUACUCUUCUGAGAUCAAGAAGACCGAAGUGCUGAUGGAGAACUUUAGACGUGCUAUUGGAUUGCGUAUCAAGGAAACAAAGGAGGUUUAUGAAGGUGAAGUCACCGAACUUACACCCGAAGAGACAGAAAACCCAUUGGGCGGUUACGGAAAGACCAUCUCGCAUGUUAUUAUCGGUCUUAAGACCGUCAAGGGAACAAAGCAGCUCAAGUUGGAUCCCAGCAUCUACGAGUCGAUUCAAAAAGAAAAGGUUACCGUUGGUGAUGUUAUAUAUGUAGAGGCAAACACUGGUGCAGUAAAGCGUGUUGGUCGUUCAGAUGCUUAUGCUACAGAAUUCGAUCUUGAGGCUGAAGAGUAUGUUCCUUUGCCCAAAGGUGAUGUUCACAAAAAGAAGGAAGUUAUUCAGGAUGUAACACUACAUGAUUUGGAUACUGCAAAUGCAAAGCCUCAGGGAGGUCAAGAUAUUAUGUCUAUGAUGGGUCAAUUGUUGAAGCCCAAGAAGACCGAAAUCACAGACAAACUGAGACAGGAAAUCAACAAGGUCGUGAACAAGUACAUUGAUCAGGGUAUUGCUGAACUGGUACCCGGUGUGCUGUUCAUUGAUGAGGUACACAUGCUGGAUAUCGAGUGCUUCACUUACCUCAACCGUGCUUUGGAAUCACCACUUGCCCCUGUUGUCAUUUUUGCCACCAACCGAGGAAUGUGCACAAUUCGUGGUACAGAAGAUGUUCUCUCUCCUCACGGUAUUCCCGUAGAUCUUUUGGAUCGUCUUCUUAUUAUCCGCACACUGCCUUACACUAUUGACGAAAUCAAGGUUAUUGUUAAAAUCAGAGCCAGAACCGAGAGCUUGGCUGUGGAUGAGGAUGCUAUUGAUGUUAUUGCUCAGAGUGGUGUUGAUUCUUCCGUGAGAUACGCUCUCCAACUCUUGACACCCGCCAGUAUCUUGGCAGGCAUAAAUGACCACACAAGCAUAACCAAGGAGGAUGUUAAUGAAGCCACAGAACUGUUCUUCGAUUCCAAGCGAUCUGCAAAAAUCAUUACCGAACAUGAAUCUCAGUUCAUUGUUUAA